AUGGUUUUCUAACAGAAUGUGCAAGUGGGGAAGUGAGGCGUGGCGCUGCUCUUGUCCGUUUUACCAGCUUUUUCCGACGGUAAGAGUGUGAAAGCAUCUUGUUUUUCCGUGCUUCCCGUUUGAAGACGGCCGAUUGUAGGAUGGUUUUCUCACAUUCUUCCUCGCCUGCUACAUUCUAAGUUCACCUCUCUCUCUCACUUUCCUCCAGUGAUUGUGGUAAUGGAAGAAAGGAAGAAAGGGUUUUCUGCUCUGCUAGUCCUGGUGGUGCUGCUUACUGGGUGUAGCUUGGUUUCAGCUGCUUCUCCAGCAAAGUUGGUGAGUGGAUUUAUCUCCAAUGCAUUUUCGGCGAUCUUCAAACUGCUAUGGUCGAUGACUUCUACGCCAAAAACUGUGCUAUCCGGCCGCCCAAUGAUGAAAUUUGAGAGUGGGUAUACGGUAGAGACUGUAUUCGAUGGUAGCAAGCUUGGAAUCGAGCCAUUCUCGGUGGAGGUACUGCCGGGCGGUGAACUCUUGGUUUUGGAUUCUAUGAACAGCAACAUUUACCGGAUUUCUCUUCCACUGUCCAGAUAUAGCAGACCAACUUCAGCAGAAGGUUAUACUGGUCACAUUGAUGGUAGGCCACGAGAAGCAAGGAUGAACCAUCCCAAGGGACUAACAGUGGACAAUAGAGGAAAUAUUUAUAUUGCAGACUCGUUGAAUAUGGCAAUUAGAAAAGUUAGUGACAUUGGAGUCACCACAAUUGCAGGCGGGAAGUGGAGCAAAGGGGGGCAUAUGGAUGGGCCAAGUGAAGAUGCAAAAUUUUCAAAUGACUUUGAGGUGGUUUACAUUGGAAGCAGCUGUUCACUUUUGGUUGUGGAUCGUGGGAAUCAGGCUAUUCGGGAAAUUCAACUUCAUUUUGAUGACUGCGCAUACCAAUAUGAAAGCAGUUUUCCUCUAGGUUUGGCAGUGCUAUUUGCAGCAGGGUUCUUUGGAUAUAUGCUCGCUUUGCUGCAACGACGUGUGGGAGUAAUGGUCUCUUCACAAGAUGCUAAUUAUCAAGAACUCUCACAGACUCCUGCUUCUAUAAAAACAAGCAUCCCUCAAUCGCAGAAGUCAAAUUGGGAAACUGGAAGACCACUGCUGGUCUCGACUGAGAAUGAUUCAAAGAAGCCAGAUGAUGAAGAAGGCUUCUUAACCUCCAUCGUAAAGCUUCUACAUGGUGCCAAAUCAUCCAUGGCGGAACUACUAGGAGCAUUCUUCAGUAGAAAAACUCAGGACAGCCAUCACCAUGCAGCUUAUCGUCAGCAAAAUCUGUCGAACUCAUGGCCUGUACAGGAUAGCUUUACCAUCCCCCAGGAAGACGGGCCUCCUCCCAUUGACACGAAGACACCGACGCCUCGUAAAACCUACGCCUUCAUGUCGAAAAACCAGGCGAAGAUCCACCAUCUUCGUCAGGGACAGGCUUACUUCAACCACUGGGAUGGGAAGAUGCAGCAACACCAACCACAGAAUCAGCAGCAGCUGCACCAACAUCAGCAGUAUUCCUCAGGCCCACAAACUUAUUAUGAGCCGAGGUGCGACGCGACGAAUGAGAUUGUAUUUGGAGCGGUGGCAGAACUCGAAGGCAGUUGGAGUACAGAAGAGAUUAAAGCAAUGCAUUAUGGGGACGAGCUCAGAGGUCUAUAUGGCCUGCGCUCAAGGGUGGGUUGCAGUACUUACUGUAAUGACUACUGAGUUCUGGCUCUUGUUUUAAAUGUCACGUUUCCUUAAGAAGUUAACAGUCCCUUUAAGAUUUUUCUUAUUUCUUCUGCUUAUAGAAGUUAAGAGCAUGAUGAUUGUAAAAAAAAUAC